GUUACUAAAAUAUAUACAAACUAAAUGAUGUAAUUGUCUACAAAUUCAUGAGAUAUUUUCAUACAACCUGUAAAUAUUCUUUGCUAAUAUGUUGCCUUUUCUCUGUCUGUUAUGACCUUCUGUUCACCAAUUCGCUAUCCUGUCCUUCCACAAAAGUAUAUUAUAAAGAAAAUGAUUGGGAAACAUUGUUAUAACUAUUUCAAGUAAUAAAACCAUAGUGUACACACGCCGGACAAUAUAUAUCGUUAUGAAUAUGUAUAGUUGUUGGGGUUCUGAGGACGUUUGCAUUUACCUAAUUUUGAAAAUGUGUCAACUUCAAUUUUACAAGUUUUUGCAGUACAUAUUGGUCAGAAAUUGAGUUUCCGAAAGAAAUCAAAAUAUUGAUAUGACACAUGGCAACAGGAUUUAAUUAUAAACCUAACAUAGCUCCAAAUAAAGGACAAUAUGAUACUGAUGCACACUUGUUAAUUGGAAGUAAAAACAUGAUUUUACAAUUGAUAAUACGUUUCGAUAUGUAUACAAUCAAAUCGACAACAAAGUCUUUUAAAAUGUUAUUCACAUAUAUGAUUUGUAUUACGUUUUCUUAGGACUUUUGAUUUAAUGAUAAGUCAUGCAUUAUAUUGAUAAAAUUACUUUUGAAUUCAAAGUACUGUUGAUUAAUACGUUUCAAAAUUAUAAUACGACGCGUAUACUAAUGGGUAAGCGGGCAUCUGCGUGUAACAAAUCAAAUUUAGAUUUUACAGAAUUUGAACACAAUUAUUUCUUAGUGGACUAUAUGAAUCUUUCUUUUACACUUUGGUUAAGUACAUAAAUAUAUAUACUUUAUAUUGUCAUAUAUUUUAUGCAAUAAUUAUAGGUUUGUUCGCAACAUUUUUAACGUAGAUCAAAGGUCAUGCCAAUGUUUCUAAAAGGAAAACGUAAUAAUCUUGUAAACACUUAAAAUAACAUAGGACAUACAUGUGAAACUUGGUAUAUACAGUGUGCUUUAGGUUUUAAUUUCGAGUUUACCAAAUAAAUACAACUUCAACACUUUAUGUUGAGUGCAUGAAUUUACUUGGUGUCAUCGAAUAUGUCUUAAGUGUUUACGUAUUCCGAGGUCAAUGUACUUUAAUUACACUGGUAUAUAUUAUGUUUCAACUAUACUCGAUGUUAGGGAAGAUAUUAUUUUACAAUUAUUAUCGCAUCAGCAUUAUCCAUGGGCCUCUUAUGUAAACGAGAUGUUUUACAUAAAUUAAAUAGGAUUUUUCGUUAAAUAUUUACUUCAUAUGCAAGCUGUCAUCAGUCCACAUAUAAAAUACACCAACAUGGCUUCUUUACAAUCGACUGGAGAAGAAAAGAUGUUCGUGGAUAUUUCGCAAGCUAUGGAAAGAAUUCAGUUGACCCAAACGGUCAGUUCAUUAACAGAUACAGCUUGUUGUAACCCGGACAAAUGGCAAAAACCGAUAACUGAGUUUGGACAAUGUGAUCCAGAAUUGUUGGGAACAAUAUUACGAUCAGACUUUGUCGGUGAUAUAGAUUGUGGCAGUGCUGACUGGACCGACUCUUGUCAAGUUGUGGACGCAGUGAUGGACCUUAUUCUAAAACAGCUACAAGAGCUAGCUGGAAAAUACGAGGGACUUUGUAUCAAGGAAUACAUCCGUCAAGGAAGCGCUAGAGAGGGCCUGAAGGUAAUAAAUGCUAACGAGUUUGAUAUGUUGCUUGAAUUCCACAUAGAAGGCCUAGAUGAUGUUAUCGAUUAUGCAUCAAUAACUAACUCAGCGGGAAGAUCCAUUCCUGGAUCUUGCAACUUGAAAAUGAAUGGUGUCAGAUUUGAAAAGUUACAAAAAAUGUUCCCAACGUUAACACGGGAAGGUGUGUUUGUUCGCUAUCGUAACGGACUUUAUCUGAGUUCAAAAAUCCUUCAUGAACGAAUAUUCGAGUCCAUGGUGGACACUGCGAUUAAUCAAAUAUCGUUGACUAUGGGUAAGCUAAGCUCCUUCAGCAGAAGGCUCCAACUGAAACGGAAAAUAAAUCCUCCGUCCAUAAAUGUCAACAUCAAAGUAGUUUGUGACGGCCAGCCAACCAAGGAAAUCGACGUUGACUUAGUGCCGGCCUACCGACUCCGUGAAGAUAAAACCACAAGAUAUGAAGAGCGAUUUCUAAACUGCCCCAUACAUGCUGUGUGUAAAUGGGUGACACAGGUUGAAUCUGCUGAGCGAAUCGUCUGGGACCUUAAAACGCUCGGCUAUGAGAAACACAUUCUUGAUGUGGCCAGAGAGAACAGGAGAAAACUUUUUAUUUUGACGGCUUUGCGUAUUGUAAAAACGUACUUUGUUAGGCGCAGUAAGUACGCGAAAAUAAGUGGUGUAGCUCCACCACAGCUCGUAACUGUUCUGAAAUCAUAUCAGUUGAAACAAAUUGCAUUUUAUGCUUUGUAUUAUCUGUGUCAUCGGUUUCCAGACAUACCUUUGAAGGGUGCCACAGAGGCCCUCGCGUAUUACCUUGAACUGCUAGAUAUAACAUUGGUUUCGAAAAGGUUGCCCCAUUUUUUCUAUGGUUGCUCUAUUGUCAACAAAAUGCUACCUGGAUUUCCCCAGAAUUUCGGAUUUCAGUUGCGCUACAACCUCUUUCAGACUAUUGACGACGAAUCUUUGUCUAGAGCGAGGCAGUCGCUAUGCGAUGACUUGAUACCGGAUUUGGGAUUCAAGUUUGGUGUAGUCCUCAAUGUGAGCAGGAGCCGCGUUAGAGAUAGUUUUCUUAGUUUCGUCCAAAGCCAAACUGUGUAAUAUGGAUAAUGUAUCUGCAAUCUAAUUUCCUUUUGCAUAAUUAUCGUGUCCUUUAAAAGUGCUUAUAAAAUGGUGUGUAUGGAUUGAGUAUGAUUGAAACUUUGGACGGAUUUUGCUUAAUGCGUAGUCUUAAAUCUACAUUGUAAUACACUAUUAUGUUAUUUGACAUUUCUUAUACAUUAAAUUAAUGAGUUUUCUUGGUAAUAUUUAUAAAAAUAAAGAAUCUCCAGAAACAUUA